CAUUUCGAAAACAUGGCGUCCUCCUGUGAGAACCCUGAGAACACCGAAAGUUUCCUAAGAAAGCGACGUGGAAACCCGCUCGUUUCAGACAGUCUUUCACACGACAGAUGCAGCGAGACAGCGCAAGACGAAGACGCUAACAAAUAUGAGAAGACAGUGUGUGUAUCGAUACAGACCGGGACCUACUGGCUCACGCGCAUCGCGCUCCUGCGAGCCAUUGCUUUCAUCUACUUGGUUGCUUUCACUGUGGCUUACAACCAGAACAAACAGCUGAUUGGAGAAAAAGGCCUGAUGCCCUGCAAGGAUUACCUGAGGAGUGUCAAGCGAUAUGUGGGGGGCAAGAUUGGCGCCGCGGCCCUGGCAUACACUCCCUCAGUCCUCUGGCUCAUGGACUGGACUGACAUGGAUGCCAACCUGGAUGGCAUCGCUCUGGCAGGAAUGGCACUUUCAGGGUUCGUCCUGUUCAUGGGAAGUGCCAAUAUGAUCAUUAUGGGAACACUGUGGAUCCUGUACCAUUCUAUUGUGAAUGUUGGACAGCUUUGGUACUCUUUUGGGUGGGAAAGCCAGCUUCUGGAAACCGGUUUCCUCGGGAUCUUCUUGUGUCCGCUGUGGAGUUUGUCCCAGAUGCCUCGUCUCUGCCCGCCUUCACGGAUCAGCAUCUGGACCUUUCGCUGGCUCAUCGUCCGCAUCAUGCUGGGAGCGGGUUUGAUCAAGAUUCGAGGCGACCGCUGCUGGACGGAUCUCACAUGCAUGGACUAUCAUUAUGAGACGCAGCCGGUCCCGAACCCCGUGUCCUAUUACAUGCAUCAUUCGCCCUGGUGGAUCCAUCGCUUCGAGACUCUCAGCAAUCACUUCAUCGAGCUCGUCGUGCCCUUCUUCACCUUCAUGGGCCGCCGGAUGUGUCUGGUCAACGGCGUCCUGCAGAUCCUCUUCCAGGUUGUUCUGAUCAUAAGUGGGAAUCUGAGUUUCCUGAACUGGCUGACUAUAGUUCCCAGUCUGGCCUGUUUCGAUGACGCUGCUUUGGCUUUUCUCUUCCGCCGUUCUGGAGGAGCCAGAAAGACUUUACUGAAGAUUCAGAGCGAAGAAGCUGCGGGUCACGGGCCGCCGGCCACCAGAGGUGUGUUGAUCAGACGUGUGCUGAACGUGUCUGUGGGUCUCCUGAUAGCGUAUCUGAGUGUCCCGGUGGUGAUGAACCUGCUGAGCUCCAGACAGGUGAUGAACACCUCGUUUGACCCGCUGAGGAUCGUCAACACGUACGGAGCCUUCGGCAGCAUCACGAAGGAGCGAACGGAGGUGGUGUUUCAGGGAACGAUGAGCGUAAACCACACCGGAGAGGACGUGAUCUGGGAAGAGUACGAGUUCCUGUGCAAACCUGGAGCUCUGGAUCGAAGACCGUGCCUCAUCUCACCGUAUCACUACCGACUGGACUGGCUCAUGUGGUUCGCUGCUUUACAGACGUACGAGCAGAGCGAGUGGGUGAUUCACAUCGCAGGUCGACUGUUGGCAAACGACUCCACGAUUCUUUCCCUAAUGGCGCACAAUCCAUUCCAGGACAGAGAGAAACCCCGGUGGGUUCGAGGAGAGCAUUUUCGCUAUAAAUUCACACGUCCCGGCAGUAUCAGCGCCGCUCAGGGGAAAUGGUGGAUCCGGAAGCGUAUCGGACCUUACUUCCCCCCCGUCAGCCUGGACGGCCUCAGGAACUACUUCCAGUCCAGGAACUGGCCUCUACCGGACUCUGAGUAAACCGCCUUCACACACACGACUUUUUUGUAUGUCACACACUGAAGUAUGUCAUCUCUAAAGAAAUGCUGUGUUUUUUUAACCCAGUUUUGGGUCAAAUAUGCGGACAAACCCAAACGUUGGGUUAAAAAAUGUAACCCAACGGCUGGGUUUUUCCAUAUUUGACCCAAAAUUGGGUUAAAACAACCCAGCAUUUUUUUUUAGCGUACUGGGCUUGAUAAAACGGUGCCAAAGAUGAACUGUUUGUAUGUUUUUACGUUUUCUCAGGUAAACAUUACUCUUCAGUCAGAAGAUAUAUAUCAAAUAUCUUCAUAUCAAAAACAUACGCACACAACAUACAAAAAUAUGCCCAUACAUACUCAAUACAGUCGUGUUUGCCGUACUCAUCAGAAAUGUAAACAUUUUUUGUUUGUUUUUUGACAAAUAAAGAAGAACUAUGUACAUAUUAGGGGGUAGUCUUUAAUAAAAUCAAGUCUUUUGAGAUGUUGGUCCAUUUUUCCCAGCACAAAGCAAAUUAUUUCAGUUUAUGAUUUAAAAAUGCUGUUGUGUUCUCUAAUUUGUAAAUGUCCAUUGUGAUUUCCGUCCAUGCAUUUAGAUGCUCUCGUUACAGCCAUCUUGUUAACAGCCUCCAGCGGUAUACUCAUUAAAUAUGAAUGAACAUGGUAAUGAUUUGCAUUUUGGUUUCUCCAGCAUUACUUCACAUUAGAGACUGAUAUUAAUAUGAUAUUGUACAUGCGAUGGUAAUGUUGAACAUUAAAUAAAAUAAUGCAAACCAGCUGAGA